AUGGAGGGCCGUAGGAGGAGCAGUGCUUAUAACAUACCCGCUGGCGCUGGCGAGGACAUCAUGCGAACAAUAUCUCGCACGUUUUCCGGCAAAUCACGACAUGACGAUGAUAUCGAGCGAGAGCGAGAAGAAGAAGACGGCACGGACAGCGACUCUGCCAAGACCAAAGUGGAAGAGUGGAGACUAGCGAACGAUGUAAAGAAUAUACAACAAAACGAUCCUACCGAAGGGCGGAGACUGGGAGUCACAUGGAGUGGACUAACCGUCAAGGUGGUGCCUUCGGACGCACGUUUGCAAGAGAACGUGCUCAGCCAGUUCAACAUCCCGCAGCAAAUCAGAGAGUCACGACAGAAGCCCGAGCUGAAGACAAUUCUCGACAACAGCUUUGGUAGCGUACAGCCUGGCGAGAUGCUUCUGGUUCUGGGAAGGCCUGGCUCUGGUUGCACCACUCUACUGAAGAUGCUCGCGAACAAGCGAAAGGGGUACGCACAAAUCGACGGCGACGUGCAUUUCGGUUCGAUGGACCACAAAGAAGCUCUGAAAUACCGCGGCAACAUUGUCAUCAACACCGAGGAGGAACUCUUCUUCCCUACCCUCACAGUAGGCAAGACCAUGGACUUCGCUACGAAACUCAACAUCCCACGCACCCUACCAAAGGAUUCUGCAACUCCCGAAGAAUAUCGCCAGAAGUUCAAGUCAUUCCUGAUGGAAUCCAUGGGAAUCGCCCACACUGAGGAUACCAAAGUCGGCGACGCCUUCGUCCAGCAGGCCUACCAACGGUCAUCCAUCAAGGCUGCGACGGAGCAGGAACUGUCAUACCCUACGAGUGAAGCGGCAAAGACCAACACCAAGUUAUUUGUCGAAGCCAUGGCGAUAGACAAGUCUAAGCAACUUCCAGCCUCGUCGCCCAUGACUGUCUCAUUCUACGAUCAGGUGAAGGCCUGUGUCGCCCGGCAGUAUCAAAUCCUUUGGGGUGAUAAAGCGACCUUCAUCAUCAAGCAAGGCUCAACGCUCUUCCAGGCAAUUAUCGCCGGUUCGCUUUUCUACAACGCUCCCACAACUUCAUCUGGACUGUUCGUCAAGGGAGGAGCUCUCUUCUUGGCUUUGCUGUUCAACGCGUUGUUGGCCAUGUCGGAAGUCACCGACAGUUUCUUCGGUCGCCCUAUCCUCGCCAAGCACAAGAACUUCGCCUUCUACAACCCUGCAGCUUUCUGUAUUGCGCAGAUUGCAGCUGAUGUACCGAUUCUACUCUUCCAGGUAUCCAUGUUCAUGAUCGUCCUGUAUUGGAUGGUGGCUUUGAAGGCUACAGCUGCUGCCUUCUUCACUGCUUGGUUCGUCGUAUACGUUGUUACCUUCGUCAUGACUGCGUUCUUCCGCAUGAUCGGUGCCGCCUUCCCCAACUUCGACGCUGCCUCCAAAGUUUCUGGUUUUUCGAUCACCGCUCUCAUUCUCUACAUCGGCUACCAAAUUCCGAAGCCCAAGAUGCACCCAUGGUUUGUCUGGAUUUACUGGAUCGACCCGCUUUCAUACGGCUUUGAAUCCCUGAUGGCGAACGAGUUCUCCGGACAAGAUAUACCCUGUGUCAACGCUAACCUCAUUCCCAACUUCCUCCCUCAGUAUCAGAACGGUGUCAAUCAAGCCUGCGCAGGUGUCGCCGGAGCUAAGCCCGGCGCUACCUCAGUCAGCGGGGAUGAUUACUUGAGAAGCCUUUCCUACUCCAAGGGGAACAUCUGGCGCAAUGUUGGUAUCCUGUUUGCCUGGUGGUUUCUCUUCGUCGGCCUCACGAUCUUCUUCACGCUUCGAUGGGACGACUCAGCCGGCUCUGGAGGAUCUCUCUUGAUCCCUCGUGAGAACAAGAAGAAGGUCCCACGCUCUAUCACACCCGGAGAUGAAGAAGCCCAAGGAAACGAAAAGGCACCCAGGACAGACGGCACCGACGAGAAGGCUACUGAAACGCAAGACCUAAGUGCCAACCUUAUGCGCAACACCUCCGUCUUCACCUGGCGCAAUCUGUCGUACGUUGUCAAGACCCCAUCUGGUGACCGCACGCUUUUGGACAAUGUUCACGGUUACGUCAAACCCGGUCUUUCGGUCGAGCAGCGUAAGCGCGUCACUAUCGGUGUUGAGCUUGUUUCGAAGCCUUCGAUCUUGAUCUUCCUCGAUGAACCAACUUCUGGAUUGGACGGCCAAGCCGCUUUCAAUACUCUCGUCCUCUUCUCCCUGUUCAACUACAUCUUCGUCGCACCUGGUGUGAUUGCGCAACUGCAGCCCCUCUUCAUCGACCGUCGCGACAUCUACGAAACUCGUGAGAAGAAGUCGAAGAUGUACUCCUGGAUCGCUUUCGUGACUGGUUUAGUCGUCUCUGAGAUCCCAUACCUUAUCAUCUGCGCCAUUCUCUACUACGUCUGCUUCUACUACACUGCCGGUCUUCCUGGCGACUCGAACAAGGCAGGUGCUGUGUUCUUCGUCAUGCUCGUGUACCAAUUCAUCUACACCGGUAUCGGCCAGUUCGUUGCAGCCUACGCACCCAACGCUGUAUUCGCCUCGCUCGUCAACCCGCUCAUCAUCGGAGUUCUCGUCUCGUUCUGUGGUGUUUUGGUGCCAUAUGCGCAAAUCCAAGAAUUCUGGCGCUACUGGAUCUACUACCUUAACCCUUUCAACUACCUGAUGGGAGCGCUGCUCGUCUUCGCCGAUUUCGACUGGAAUAUCAAGUGCUCCGAGUCGGAAUUCGCCAUGUUCGAUCCCCCAGCUGGUCAGACAUGUAGUGACUAUCUGCAGGCGUGGAUGGCAGGCCCAGGAAGUCGCACAAACCUUGUCAAUCCUGAUGCUACGUCAGACUGCAGAGUCUGUCAAUACACCAGGGGAAGCGAUUACCUGUACACGGUCAACUUGAACGACUACUACUAUGGAUGGAGGAAUGCAGCCAUCUGUGUCAUCUUUGCUCUCUCGAGUUAUGCUCUGGUCUACGGCCUGAUGAAGUUGAGGACCAAGGCGAGUAAGAAGGCGGAAUAA